AUGGCUUACCAAUCUCUUGCUUUCUUGGCUCUCAUCAUUGUCGCUGUCACUGGUGUUGUUGCUCAGGGUCCUACCUCCUCCACUCCAGCUCCCACCACCUCCUCCACUCCAGCUCCCACCACCUCCUCAUUUGAUUCCUCCACUCCCUCGUCUUCAUCUUCACUUGAUUCAACCACCACCACCACCACGACCACCACCUCCUCCUCCUCAGGUUCCUCUGCUGAUUCCCCAUCAAUCUCAGUGGCUCCUGGAUUGGCACCCGAUUCCUAUGCUCAAUCACCAACGACCGCAGCAUCUCCCACCGGUUCUUCUGCUGAGACUUCUCGCUUCUUUACAAAUGGGUUUUUUGGUUGA